AUGGCUCAGUGGUUAAAGCGCAGAUUUACUGACCGGAAGGUCCGUUGUUCGAGCCCGACCUCUGCCUCUCAACCUUCCAUUUUCGGAAGUGCCAAUGCAAAGUUGUUACUCACCCUGAUAAAAUCAGCUCAUCAUAAGCGGCACUUACUUCCACCGAUUUCUCAGUUGUCCAUGAUUGGGGGCGAGAUGGACCAAGUGGUUAGAGCGCGACCGGAAGGUCCGUGGUUCGAACCCGACCUCUGCCACUCGACUUCCCUGCCUAGGCUUGGGCAACGUGGCAGUAUCCCAGCCCUCGUGCCUCCUUCGUGUGGCAUGGCAGCUAGGCACCGAAAGGGUGCUACAGCCAAACGAUUUUUUUCUCGUCUACUCGAUGACGGUACAGAGGACCGUUUGCUGCUGGCACAAAUGGCACUCGAUUUGGAACGAGAUGUGUUUGAGGCUGAGAAAAACAUCUUUUCCAUCGCCACUAAGGAACUGAUCGACGUUAAUGGUGUUCCGUCAGAAUGCAAACACAACACCUCUGACUCUCGCGUCAGUUCGUCUUCUCCUCUACCCGAUACUGUGGAUUCUUCCGUCCCUGAGCAUCCGUUGCCUGUGCACCGUAAAAAACUUCCAGAUCCCGUGUACCUAAAACAUAGCUCUUCGGCUCUUCCACCACCCUGGUCAACACUUCUUGGCCCACUCGCCUACUUACGUCCUCUGGAGUUCAGCCCGGAUGGUUCUACGCGCUUUGCUACAAUCAACUUCCCUGAACUUCCCAAUGAAUCUUUGAAGUCUGCAUCGGGCUUCUGCUCAGGUUUGAAUCUUGAGCGUCUCAACGGCAUCUCCGACCAUCUUCCCACCAAUAACGCAACUGUGAUAUACCCCAGUGAACGAUGCCUGCCAAAUUCCUUGGGGGAUAACAUAGACAGGAAUGAAGACUCUUCUGAUGAAGCUGAAGCUGAAGCUGAUGCAUUACUUGGCUUGGACACCCGACAGUCCAGAACCAAGUCUACAGAGCAUUUGGUCACUACAAACGGACUUUUGGAUGGCAGGGUCGGGAGUUCUCUGGCGGGUCCCAGUCUGGAUCAGGACGAAUCGGUGGCUUUUGAUGAAACCUAUGACUUGUGGCAGGAACUUAUGCGAGAUGAAGGAAUGGACAUAGAAGAAAUGGAAUCGGAAACACUACAUGCUUGUCUGGAGAGCAAUUCCGACUCUUUGACCCCACCUGUAUCAGAAAAUUGUGUGUAUUUCAGUGUGUAUCUCGAACCAAGUUUACAAGGGAAAUUCGAAAUUCCACGCGAAUGUUUCGCAAACUUGACUGGAAUUAAUGAAACACAUCAUAUACUUCUGGGACGGUGA